CAAUGUACCUGUUUGACACUCCUUUCCCCAUAUUGCAGGUUUCUGCAGCGCUUGAUGCUCUUGUAAAUAUUGCAGACGGUAGAAUAAAUAUUCAUGUCCUCAUGGCUCUUGCAGCAUUUGCUUCUAUAUUUAUGGGAAAUGCAUUGGAGGGUGGCCUGCUUCUUGCAAUGUUUAAUUUGGCUCAUAUUGCUGAAGAGUAUUUUACAAGUAAGUCAAUGUUUGACGUGAGGGAACUGAAGGAAAAUCAUCCAGAAUUUGCUUUGUUGUUAGAAACAAGUGGAGAAGAAUCUGUACAGUUUUCAAAUCUAAGUUACACCAAGGUUCCUGUGCACGAUCUUGAAGUGGGUUCUCAUAUCUUGGUUAGAGCUGGCGAGAUGGUUAGAAAAAUUCUCUCAUUUUAG